AAGGAGCCGGGGAAAGCAUCAAUCCCAACUUUCUCACCUUGAAGGGAACCGAGCGCUCCCGAUGUGUCCCCUCCUGCCGCCCUCCCUGCCAGCCCAGCCUCCCCAGGAGGGCCGUACGACGGCCCGGGCUCGCCGCGCCAGCUGCCCCCUGUCCCUCGAGGGGGGGAAACCCGAGUAGGGGGGUGCCCCUGGGUGCAGUCCCCUCGGUCCCUGCUGCCGGGGCCGGGCCGCGGGCAGGGGCGGCUGCGCGGCGGGGCUUGAUGCGGCUGCCAUGGGGCGCGGGGCUCCCCUCGGACCGUGCCUGCUGCGGACACUGCUGCUGCUCGCCCUCUGCCCCGCCGCCGGCAGCACCUGGAUUUGGCUGGGCAUCGCCGCGGCCGGCGGGCCCGAGAAGCCGAGCUGCGCCAGCCCUCCGCUGAGCCGCCGGCAGCAGGACCUGUGCGAGCAGAAGCCGGAGCUGGUGCCCGCGAUCCGGGAGGGAGCGCGCCUGGGCCUCCAGGAGUGCCGCAGCCAGUUCCGACACGAGCGCUGGGACUGCCGCUCGCCGCCCGCCGCCCGCCGCGGGACCGCCGCCCCCACCGCCUUCGGGCAGCAGCUCAGCAGCGGCACGAAGGAGACCGCGUUCAUCUCGGCGGUGACGGCGGCGGGGCUCGUGCACUCAGUGACACGCUCGUGCAGCGCGGGCAACAUGACCGAGUGCUCCUGCGACGUGACCCUGCGGCACGGCGGCUCGGCCACCGAGGGCUGGCACUGGGGCGGCUGCUCGGACGAUAUCCACUAUGGAAUGGCCUUCAGCAGGAAGUUCCUGGACGCGCCUUUCAAGAACAUCACAGGCAAGAGCGGGAGCGGGCUGGUGGCGAUGAACCUGCACAACAACGAGGCUGGGAGGCAGGCUGUAGCAAAGCUGAUGUCUGUGGAUUGCCGUUGUCAUGGUGUUUCUGGAUCCUGUGCUGUGAAAACUUGUUGGAAAACCAUGUCCUCCUUUGAAAAGGUUGGCCGGUUUUUAAAGGAUAAGUAUGAAAACAGCAUACAAAUAUCAGACAGACUGAAAAAAAAGCUACGCAGAAAAGAGAAAAGCCAGAGAAAAAUACCAAUUGGGAAAGAGGACCUGCUUUAUGUGAACAAAUCACCCAAUUACUGUGUCGAAGACCAAAAAUUGGGGAUCCCUGGAACUCAGGGAAGAGAAUGUAACCGCACCUCGCAGGGACCUGACGGCUGUAACCUGCUGUGCUGUGGGCGCGGGUACAACACCCACGUUGUCAGGCACGUGGAAAGGUGCGAGUGCAAGUUCGUCUGGUGCUGCUACGUGCGCUGCAGGAGGUGUGAGACCAUGACUGACGUGCACACCUGCAAGUAAGAUGAAGUACAGGAAACAUGACCAAACCAUCCACCCUGUGUGGUGCACACAGCUCCCGCAGGCGCAGCAAUCACAGUUACCAUGUGGGAUUUCAGAGGGAUCAGCCUCAGGGGGAACAGGUACUGCUGGACAACGGGUAGUCCAAGCAUGCGUCGACUGAAACAACAGCUGAGUAAACAUCAGGCUGCAUGAGGGGACAGCUUAAAGAGCAAAAAGGACUCCUGAUGACAUGUUUGAACGUGUCACUCCAUGAGCAGGGACAGAUGCUAAACUUUUCAAGUAUUUAAGAGCCACAACAUCCUGAAGAUCCAUGUGGUGGGUAGGUACAGUGGAGAAAUCUCAAGAUCUCAUUAGCCAGAGACUGAAGAGCUAAGAGAGUCCGUAAGACACAUUAGAUAUAGUCCUUAUGUCUGUGCUUUUAAAACUGGGAUGAGAUGGAUCCACUAGAUAGUUCAUUUCUGCUGACUUCAGAAAAACCCACAAAGAUAGGGAAAGAGUUCAGCUGUUGACCACGAAGCAUUUGCUUUGCAGGCGUUCGGAAAUCUGCGUCUGGAACUGAGGAAUGUGUGUGACUGCAGAGAGCUCAGCAGUGUCUGCCUGGAAAGGGAAGGUCAAGCGGUGCCCAGGGGAGAGAGGCAGAAGCACAGCUUGGUGAAUGUGAAUGGGGUGCCAAAUAGCAACCUUGCGAUUUUUAACAGGCUGUCCUUCAAAUACACAAGGGUCAGGCCUGAGAAGGGACAGAAACAGAGUUUGAUAUUUGAAGGAAAUAAAACCCCCUGCAGGCAUUUCCUCAGUAUGUGAGCACACAUUUUGUGAGUCAGCUGGUCAUCACCCUACUCUUGAAUUCUAUGCAAUAACCUGCCACAUUCAACCAUCUCACUGGUGGUUCACCAUCAUUAUCAAAAUUAACCACAUGAGAUUUAGCCCAAAGGAAUCUGCCAUAAAGCAAAGGAUUUUUUAAAACAUAUUUUCUUUAUAGAAUCAGCAGCUAGAAUUUUUCAUUAGGUUGCAUCCUCAGUAAGUUCAAUGCACAAUGUAAUUUAUGGAUUGGCUCACAACACUAAAAUAUUUAAACUGUUAAUGAUAACAUUUUCUCUGCCUCCAUAUGUUGGCUUGAUUUUAUUUUACAUCUGUGAAAGGUUGUUUAUUUUUAUGCAGUGAUUUAAUGCCUGGCUUAAAAAGCAUCAUGUGAAAGGAUUACUGUUGUUUAAUUGUGCAAAGAACUAUUUUUGAUAAGACAAGAAAGUUUAUAUUUUGUAAAUAUUUAAAUUAUGGAAGCUAUGUUAAAGGUUUCCAAAACUAAUGUGAUAAGACUACAGCUCUUGAGAUUUGUUGGUUAGAUAUUUGUUAAUAUUGUAGUAGCCUUUAAUUGAUUUUUAUUUGCAUGUGCUGGGGGAAAUUAGUCAGAGAACUGCAUAAAUGUUGGGGUUUUUUACCAUCAGGGUGGUUAUAACUGAUGCAGUUACUAUACACUGAUGAGAAACUUACUGUGAUUUUCUAAAUGGUCAGUUAAUUAGUAUUCUGCAUACUUUCUUUUUGAUUAUUCUCUUAAAUGCAUUUUACAAACACUGAAAUCCCAGCUCCAGCAGUAAGUACUCCCACUGAAAUCAAGGGAACUUGGAAGGGUUUGCAACCCCUUAACUUCUUCCAUACUAACAGCCAGUUUUUAGAAACUUGGAUAGUUUGGCUGAGGCUUUCAAAGUUACUUUGAAGAAUCAAUUUCCUAGUUGUCAAUUAUUUUCCCAGGAAAGAUGGUGACCAGAUUCUGAACUGUCUUUAUUGAAUGUGUAGGUCAGGAAGAAGGAAAACCUUCUGUGUUGUGGUAUUUCACUGCCUUAUGUGGAUUAUUUUAGGAACAUCAGUUCAGCAACAAUGAAAUCCUUUAUCUGCUGGUUCUAUUUGGACCUUUACUCCACAUUUGGCCAGUCCAUACCCAUUGGUCUGACCAAAUUAUUACCUUGAGACCACAAAAGCUGCUGUCUGUGGGAAAGGUGCUCAGCAUGCCAGUAAGGCACUGUCACAGGAUGUUUCAACACCUUCUCUGUGAAAACUUGGAUAGGGAGGACACAUUAUGGUGGAAAACCCUGAAGAGACAGUUGUGACCCCAGGUUGUUUCAGUCUUCCAGCAGUGAAAGUAAACCUACAAGUUCUUCAGGCUGUGCCACAGGACUGAUUGGCAGCAUGGAUGGGAGAUGACUAAACAGCACUAAGUUCAGACAGAAUGGUAUCAUACUCUCUGCUGAGACCAUACUUGGGAUAAUACAAUUUUGACCAUUUAAAUAACCUUGAAAUAUUACUUGAGCUCAGCAGUUUGUUGGCUUUUGGGUUUUUUUUUCCUGUUUGCUGAUUGUUCCAUAAAUACAAUGCUAAGAAACACUCUAAACCUCUUGCACUGUAGUGCAAGAUCAGCAAGAGGAACAGAAUUAAUUAGCUGCUUUGGCUGCCUUCAGGGAUCAGAAACUUCCCAGAGGAUGGAGUGAUUUCUGUGCAUUUUACAUAGUAGACAAUUAGUUGGACUAUUACAGUGCUCUGUACUGAUGCCUACUGAUCUCUCCAACGCCCUGAAACAAAGUUUUCAUAUCUGCAUUCUUCAAAUGAUAAUAAAGAGACUGUGUUAAUUUUAUUAACUAAUAUACUACAAAACUUAACACAAGGUGCCGUUAUCUACAUGGUGGGUUAGGUCCUUUUGAGGCAUCUAUGAGGACUAAGAUAUAAAAGUAAUAAAUCAAGACCUCCACCAAGUUUUUCAAUGGGAUGAUUCCGCUGCCAAGAUCUGGGAACUUGACGCUGUACUGAUAAAAACAAUGCUGAAAUAUUCAAGGCUGAAAAGGAUAACUAGAGAAGACUGCUGGAGCAUUUGGUAGGAAAAAAACAUUUGCAAGCUAUGUUCCACAGAAGAUAGCACUCUCUUCCACUACCAUCCAUCAAGCUCAAAGAGGAAACACAAUUCCUCCUCAGCUUGGAGUGCCUUUUUUCAUGGUUUUGCAUGAGCCUGUAGCUAUAUCAUGCUAUGGACAACACCAUAAGAAAGGAACAGACCUUUGAGGCAACAGGUGAUUACAGAUUUAGAGAUUAUAGCAAUUGAAAUGCAAGAUUAAAUGAACUGGUUUGCAUGUUCUAGAGAGGGGAACGUAGGGCUAGGAAGAAUGUAAAAAGAUACCCAAGUGGAGAGUCAUCCAUUUUUAACUUGCAGAAAAGUAAUUGUUAAUUUUCAGCUAAGAAGAUUUGGAUGGCACAUGAGCCAAUCUAGCUAGAUGGACAGUUAAGCAUAGGAAGAGAUAUCUGAGGAAUCUGUUUCAACCUGAGUCUAUGAAGGAUGCCUUAGAUCUUUGUAAAGUUGAAAGGGCUAACUACAGAGGCAGCAAGGAGGAAUUAAAAGUGGCUUUAAACUAAUGUUAUCAGAAAUGCAAAGAAACAUUUCAAGUAGAGCAUGUUCUCUCUUGCCAUUCUUCACUUUUUCACCCCCAGGGAGGCAGGAGCAGGACACAGCUGAGCUCAGGUGUUUGUGCCCUGUUGGCCUGUUGCUCAGAGGGUGAGAAACAGGGUCCCUUGUAUUCCUUGUACAGCAUCAGGAGCCACUGACACCCCACGAUAUCACUGAACAGGUCAAGAGCUAUUCUCACACCUGAGGCUGAAGCAGGAAAAGUUCCCAUCUAGCCUCAAAGGUUUCUUCAAGUUUCUUUUGCAGGCCACUUGUAUUAAGAUUAGGCUAUGGCCUUACAGCCUUAAAACUGAAGAGGAUUUCAUCAAUAAAAAGUCCUUUGCUUAGUCUCCACCUUAGCCAUGACCCAAGUCAGGUAGGGAGGGACUGCAGCCCUUCCCAUCCUUACACAGGAAAGUCAGUCAGCACUUAUGAUGGCAAUUUCCCCUUCUGAAAUUACCCACCUGGCCUCUAAUUUUAUUAAUACACCUAUUCUUGAAAAACACUCAGACUGCAGAAAACCCAAACAGUUCAGGAGACAUUACAUACACAUCAAGCAUUUAGCAGUCACUUCAAUGUUUGAGGAAACUAAGUGCCACAGUAAGACCUCUGGAAAGCAAAACAUGCUGAGCAAAAUAAAAGCUUUUUCCAAACUGGCAACCAGGAAACUAAGGCUGUAAAGGGGUCUGUUUUUUCCAGAGGAAAAAAGAAGAAGUUGGAUCAUGAAAGACACUAGGAAAAACUUAAGACACAUGAAAAACUGAAGAGACCCCCUUCAGUUUCUUUCUCAGGACUCCUGUUAAUUCAUAUAAAGCACCACUAAUAAAGCAGUUGAGAGCUGUGGUUUACACCGAAGUCAUCUUCAGCUGCCUUGAAUCCCAGCUGGGUGUUCCUUGGUCAAAAUUUAGUUGAAACCUUCUUGUGUCCUUCCCCCUUCUCUUCUCAGAGGUUGUGGGGUAUGUCUACCUCAAAACGUAAAGCUUUCUCUUCCCUUCCCUUGCUGCUCGGUUCUUAACAAGUCUGCAAGAUGCUACAAAUGUUCCCAUCACCUUAUAUAGGAAAAUAUGGAUCCUGGAGCUUUGUCACACACAGGUAUUCAUGUACAAACACCUUCAUUGUUGCAACUGAUUUCCUACCACCAGCUGGAGAGGCCAGAAUAGUCAUCUUUGUGCUUGGCAACUCAAAUGAAAUGCAGAUAGAUUACCAGAAAGCCUUGCUGAUAAAAUUCAGAGAGUUCACCUCAGCAGCAGGAUACUGUAACCUGCCCACUCAAGGCAGAGAGGGCAUGGCCAGAUCUUGCAGCAAGUGAAUAGGUCAUGACGAUGGACAACAGCAAGGAUACCCCAUUUGUGUGGCCACUCCAGUACAACUUUUAAAUAUCUGACAAGAGUCCUAUUUAAUAUGAUAGCAUACAGCUGUGAGGACAUGCCUUAGAGAGUAAGAGGAAUAUUUCCAUCAAAAUUUUAAGAAUCAAGUUAUUUAAGAUGUAACAAAAAUAAUCCUACCAUUUUAUUGUUUUAAAAUUGUUUAAAAGGUUUUUUGCAGACUUUAAAAGGUUUUUGCAACUUUAAGGGGUUAAGAGAAUCAUGAUAUAUUUACUCAACUUGGAUAGCUAAUAAAGGCACAUAUUCUCCAUUUAA